GGUAUUGCCUGUUUAUGAGUAUAGAAAUUACGAUUAAUGCACUAUUAGUACAAGCAGAUUUCCCCGUGACACGCACACACCCAGGCAGGGGCAGGAGACACUGAGCACACCCAGGCAAAGGCAGGCGUCAGUGGUUGCCGCGGCAACAGACUAACAACAACAUUAAACCGAGCGGAGAGCGAUGACUUCUAACGCAGAGACUGUGCUGCCGCCUGUGCUUACACGGACUAGGCAAACUUUUCCCAUCAGUAAACCAAUAAGCGACGAAGAAGGAAAUGUUUCUUAUGUGUAUGAUGGUGUCCAUUCCAAGAUUAACAAAAAUCUUCUGCAUUCAGUGACUGGUAACCUUUCCACUUGGCCUGCAUAUGGUGCAGGACAGACCAUCUUACCAAAGCGCAAACCGUGUGCUGGAACUGACAUAAAAUGUCACAGGACAGCAAAAGAAAAUGCCAACACUGUGUCCAAGCCACGAUAUUUAGAACAACUUGAGUCUUAUCUGAGAAGGGAGCUACAAUCAUUAGAUUUAACUAAAGUGAAUGUUCAAGAAUUAAGGUUGCAGCCAUACAGAGAAGUUUUUGAAUAUUUCAUUGAAGAUUUUAAGACGUACAAACAGUUGCUGUCUGCUAUUAAGAAUGAAUACGAAAUCACUCUGGCAUUCCAAAGAGAGCAGAUCCGCUCACUAGAGCCCCUGAAGGCAAUGCUUGUGUCAGUAUCUGAGCGCUGUGACAAGAAGAUUCAGGAAAUCAGAGAACAGGAAAGGCUGGAAGUAAAAACUCUAAAAAUUGAAAAAUUCAAUCUUUUGAAAGUGAUUGAUAAAAUGAAAGAGGAGAAGAGUUCUUUACAAGCUCAGAUCUCCAAACUGCAGGAAGAGUUGGAUAACACAUUUUUAAUGUACAGAAAUGAAUGUGAUGCUCGUAAGCUUCUUAUAUCUGAUAUUAAUGAGCUGAAGUAUCAGCAAGAAGACUACAAGCUAAGUCAGGAUCCUCAAGAACAACGAGAAGACCCAGUGACUUUAGCCAUAGCUUUAAGAGUAGCCCGAACAGAUCUCACAAAUACACAAGUUUUACUGAACAAAAUGAUUGCUGAUUUUGGAGAUGUUGUUCCCAGGAGAGACUUUGAAAACCAAGAAAAGAAUCUUGCUGCAUGUCAGCAAAAGUUAACACUUUUGCAGAAGGAUUUCUCCCAAUUGCAAUCAGAGCACAAGUCACUUCUAGAGAUCAACCAGCAAGUUCUACAGCAGCGCGAUUCAUUUUGCAUGGAAGUGGAUGAGAUGCAGAGAAGUAGCACCCCUCGGCCAACAUGGGAGAAAAGUGCAGAUGUCAUUUCUGGGGGCCUUCCCCGAUGGUCACAGUUAUCUCUGGGAAAGAGCAGUGAUCAGCUGGUAGAUGUGUUGUUGACAGAACUUGGGACAAAGAUUCUUAAGGAAAAGGAUGUCUUUCCUGGCAUGGGCAAGAGGGAGAAUAUUCCUUAUCAUCUGCGCCAUGAAGGACCAGUUAAGAACUUAAAAUUAAGCCUAAAAGAUGUCUCUAAUCUGCUAAAGGAAAUAUGGAAAGAGAAAAUGGCCAUAGAUCAACAGAAGGGGAAGCAGUCAUCUCUGCCAGAGUUUUUGCUGAACUUUCUACAGAAGAAGUUUGGAGAUGCUGCAAUUGAAUGGUCAUAUACAUUGCAUGAGACCUGCCGGGUUCAGAUGACGAAUGAGCAAAUGCAUUACUUUUAUAAAGUCCUUAUCGGUCAGGUGGAAGAAAAUUUGUACUCUGCUUUGCUCCAUAUUCAUACUUACCUUCUGAAAGAACUUACCAUUGCUGAUAGCUCAAAUGAUGGUUUACUGACACGAGAACAGUUCAGGUUGCAACUUGAGAAAGUCUUUCCCCUGAAAAGUGCAAAUGAAAUGCAGGAGAUUUUAGAUAUUGCAGACUCCAAAAUUAAUCCAGAGGAUGGAAACAUUCCUUAUAAGUCUUUGUUCACUGAGGAGGAAAACGGGAGACCAAGUCAUUUUAUUGGGAUGCUUAGGAACCAGUUUCUUGCUGAGAAAAAGCAGUACCUGAAAGAGUUGAGGAACAAGCUUGGAAACAAGAAUGUUAAACCUGAAGAACUUAAAGCUGCAUUUCUAUCUGUGGAUCCGACCAUUGACGAUCAGACCCUGGAUAAGUAUGUAACUCAAGCGUUUCAAGUUCCCAAAGACCAACUUGAAGAAACUAGUCCAUUGUCUCCUACACUUCUAUUCCGUCAUUUGGCGGCAGGAGACAUAAGGAGGAUUGGACCUGCAGCUUUAGUGGAAGGACGGUUAAAUGAGACAAAAGCAAAACUAUCUUUGUGAAGAAAAUCUAGGAAGAGAAAGCCCAAUCCAGAACACCUACUUUAAACAACAUAAAAUAAUUGUGACACAUUUAAUAAAAUACAGUAUAUGUGAAUAGUAAAA